GCAGCGGAUGCAGAGCUGCAAUCACGGCUGGGAUAAAUCUGCUCGCCCGGGAACGGUGCAGGCUGAUGCAAGAGAGAAGACAUAUGCCAUGGCAGCAGCCAUGUUGUCGAGGUAGAUGUAUUGUCUCGAGAGAUGUAUCAUAGACACAUAUCUACACAAAUGAGAUUUUCUGUAUCGCAACCUCGCUUUCUUAAUGUGUAGCGUGAGGUAAAAAGCGGUGAAGAUGGUCAGUUGUCAGGAUGGAUAAGACUCAAGCCAUCCAUGGAAACAUCAGACCACCAUCAUCACCCCUCCUGCCUAGUCUGGCACUAGAAAGCGACCCAGCAACUACCGGUCCCCAUCGGUUUCAAUUGAUCAGCAUGUUACUGGACGAGCAGAAAAAAAGCGUGAUGAAGAGAAGGGUCUGGAAAAAGAAAAACUCAGGAACAGUGGGCCACCAUGCCAAUCCUUAUAACAGACCGCGUGGGAUCCUGAAGCGGCGGUUCCUGACCUUAAGCCAUGGUGUUGCAGUGGCUGAAACCGCGGUUGACGUUGUUUGGUCACUGUGGUGGGCGGCUGACACUCAGUGGCCCUACCCUAUACCCUACAUCAUGGCCCGAUUGAGGGGGUUGUUUCAGAAGUGACGGGCGGUUUGCCAGGCAAAAUGGGGAAGGAGGUAUGAGGAUUACGCGGG